GAUGUUGGUGUGUGUGCGCACUCGAGCUGCUCCAUCAGUGGUUCAGCUGCUGUUCGCUUCUCCUUUUCUCUCUGGAGUGUAAAUUAUAUAUUUAACAGAUUAAUUAAUGUUUAAGUUUUGAUCAGUGAGACCUGAAGCGCUGAAUAUACCGGACUGCGGCGGGAACACGGUUCUUCUGUGGGCUUUUUUAAAGUUGUGGUGUUUCAGCUUUUAAAUUUCAGUCAUUGUGGAGAAAAAAACUGGGCUUUUAACUAAGUUAAUUAAUAUUUAUCAUCUUUAAAGCAAAAAAAAAUUUGGGAGUGUUUGUUCUGGAAUCGCAGGACACAUCAGAAACUAAUUUUACGUUGUGAAGUUAAACUUCUCCGAAUCCAACUUUUUUUUUUCUGAGGUGAAAAAAAUGCUAAGCUAAUUCAUAUUUAGCCAGAGCUAGCUUAGCAUGCUAACAUUCCUCCUCAGAGAAAGCCCUCGGACUCGGCUACUUUCUCUCACCGCGAUGCUUCUGACCUGACUGGAUUUAAACAUAAAAAAUUCGUCAUAGAAAGAGAAAAGGUGAAGAACAAAAAGGUGGAGCUGCUGAUUUAUUCACCUUUGUUGCAUGCCUCUUCAUUUGCUGAGUGAGAUCUUGAGACGUGGAUCAUAAAUGAGAAGCACCUGAGGUGGUGUGUGUGUGUGUGUGUGUGUGUGUGUGUGUGUGUGUGUGUGUGUGAGUGUGAGCAAGUAUGAGUGUGAGGAUGAGCUCUAAGCGCAGUCUGCUGAUGCGGUUGGUGCCAUGCCGGUGUUUGCGUGGUGAGGAGGAGACGAUCACCUCUCUGGACUACAGCCACUGCAGUCUGGAGCAGGUUCCCAAAGAGAUCUUCAGCUUCGAGAAAACCCUGGAGGAGCUCUACCUGGACGCCAACCAGAUCGAGGAGCUCCCCAAGCAACUGUUUAACUGUCAGUUACUGCACCGGCUGAGUCUGCCUGACAACGACCUGAGCAUCCUGCCCCCGGCUAUUGCCAACCUCAUCAACCUCCGAGAGCUCGACGUCAGCAAGAACAGUAUACAAGAGUUUCCUGAAAAUAUUAAAAACUGUAAAGUCCUGGCCAUUGUUGAAGCAAGUGUGAACCCCAUUUCUAAGCUCCCAGAAGGUUUCACACAGCUGCUCAGUCUAACUCAACUCUACCUGAAUGAUGCCUUCCUUGAGUUCUUACCAGCGAGCUUUGGCAGACUGACAAAACUACAGAUUCUGGAGCUGAGAGAGAAUCAGUUAAAGAUGCUGCCCAAGAGCAUGCAUAAGCUGAUGCAGUUGGAACGGUUGGACCUGGGGAGUAAUGAGUUCACUGAAGUGCCGGAGGUGUUGGAGCAGCUCACAGGCAUAAAAGAGCUGUGGAUGGAUGGGAACAAGCUGACAGUGUUACCCCCGAUGAUUGGGACACUGAAGCAGCUCAAAUACCUGGAUGUGUCUAAGAACAACCUGGAGAUGGUGGACGAGCAGAUCAGCGGCUGUGAGAACCUGCAGGACCUGCUGCUGUCCAACAAUGCCCUCACACAGCUCCCCAGCUCUAUAGGUUCUCUAAAUAAGCUGACGGCUCUGAAAGUGGAUGAGAAUCAGCUUGUGUGUUUGCCAGAGUCAAUAGGCGGACUCACGGCUCUGGACGAAUUGGACUGUAGCUUUAACGAGAUCGACUCUCUCCCUGCCGCCGUGGGAAAUUGUGUGAACCUGCACACCUUCGCUGCUGACCACAACUUCCUCACCCACCUCCCUCCUGAGAUGGGCUGCUUGAAGAACGUCACAGUUCUGUUCCUGCACUCCAAUAAACUGGAGUCUCUGCCUGAGGAGAUGGGAGACAUGCAGAAGCUCAAGGUCAUCAAUCUGAGCGACAACAAGUUGAAGAAUCUUCCCUACAGCUUCACCAAGCUGAAUCAGGUCACUGCUAUGUGGCUCUCUGAGAACCAGUCCAAACCCCUGAUCCCCCUGCAGAAGGAGGAGGAACCCGACACGCACACCACCGUCCUCACCAACUACAUGUUCCCUCAGCAGAGCCGAACCGAGGAGUACGCUCAGAACUCGGAUGGUGAGAGCUUUAACCUGACUCUGUGGGAGGAACAGCGAAAACAGCGAGCACAAGUGGCCUUCGAGUGUGAUGAAGACAAGGAUGAGAGAGAGGCUCCUUCUCGGGAAGGGAACCUGCGGCGUUACCCCACACCGUACCCUGACGAACUGAAGAACAUGGUGAAAACAGCGCAGUCUGUCGCUCACCGCCUCAAAGAGGAUGAGUCCGGAGAUGAGACGGUCAAAGAGAGGAACCACAUCGGAGUGCAGAGUGUAGGAGUGAAGGUGAUUGAAACUCCAUGUACCAAUGGCAAAGCACACGAGCCGGAGUCCAAAGCUCCGGUCCAGAAUUCCACUCCACCUGAUCCGAGAGACGUUCCGGAUAACUGUAACACGGAGAGGAUCCCACUGAAGAGCUCGGAGAACACCGGACCUACCGUCAACUACGAGGAGAGGCUCGAGGAAUCAGAGGAGCUGUCAUCUGAUGAAGAGGAGAUGAAGAUAGCGGAGAUGAGACCUCCUCUUAUCGAGAUCUCCAUCAACCAGCCCAAAGUGGUGGCCCUCAGCAAGGAUAAGAAGGAUGACAGUAAGGACGCAGACUCUUUGCUGGAUGAGACGGUGGCCAACAGUAACCAGAACAACAGUAACUGUUCCUCACCGUCCCGCAUGUCCGACUCUGUGUCUUUAACCACAGACAGCAGCCAGGACAACUCACUGUGUACUCCUGAGAGAGAGACCAAGAUCCUCCUCAUCCCCAAAAACAGACAUGAGGAUGAGAACCUGAACCAGCUGAAGGAGUCAGUUCCACUACUGCAGAACUGUAACGGCUCGGAGACCUCGCUGCAGACCGCCCUGAAGAACCAGCACACCUACGAGAGUAAAACGGGUACCAACAUGCCCGACUACGAGCUGUCCAUGGAGGAGAAGCUGGCGCUCAUCGAGAAGGAUAUCAACUGCGUGUCUGAGCCGUUCAGCAAGUGGGAUCAGAUCAACAUGAACGUCUCUUAUGAGAACAUGGAGAAGACCAAGAGCACCUCUACAGUGGAGACCAGGCUCAGCAACAACAACGCCAGCUCUGUGGAGAACCUCAACAACGGAAACCAGAACGGUAAAGUGCAGCCGGGGGAGGGCAUGACGAGACAUGAGGUCGUCCGAACGGUUGUGGCGUCCAGUGAAGUGUCUCUGUCUCGCAGCACGGAGGAACUGACCCCUGAGAAGAGAUGUCCUCCAGCUACCGUGAUGAAAUCUCAGAGUAUCAGCAACAUGGAGGCCGGAGGAAUGAAGCUGUACUCCAUGGGAUCUGAGGUUCCUCCGUACGAGUGUGUAGUGGGUUCUCCAGCUGUUCCAGGCCCCCAGUGUCAGAGCAUCGUCCGUUCCAAAUCAGCCUCACUGCUUGAAGACCAGCCUCUGCAGGUCCACCCCAGUUCCUCAGGUUCCUCCUCUGACCUCCUGAGCUCCAGAGCUCCCACCCGCUACCCCGUUGCCCCCCCGCCUCAGUAUAACAUCCAGUACGCGAGCAGUAGUGUGCCUAAAGAGAACCUAUGGUGCCAACGUACCCCGGUGCCCCCUGAUCAGCCAUACCUCCCUCCUCAGCACUCCUUUGCCAACACCAACUACUCUAACCGCAACAACGCACCGCCAUACCCCCACCAGCCCCAGCAGCGCGGUCCACCCAAAACACCAGACAUGUGGGCAAAGGAUCGCAUGCUGCCCCCUGGUGUGCAGAGAAACCCCCUGCAGAGGCAGAACAGCACCUCCUCCAACGCCUCCAUGGUCAUGGUGGAACCACGUCGUGUCCCAGGCCCAGAUGGUGACUACUUGACCUACAGAGAGAUCCACAGCAUGCCCCGAGCUCCUCCACAGAUGAACCUUCAGAGACCCCUCUCAGCCCGCACCUAUAGCGUGGACGAGGGGAACGCGCCACGCCCUCACAGCGCCCGCCCUCCACCACAUGAGCUCCCUGAGAGAACCAUGUCUGUCUGUGACUUCAGCUAUCAGCACGGCAGUCCGAGCAAGAGGCCCAACGUCCGGGUGAAGUCUGAGCACUCGCUGCUGGACGGAGCUCCAGGUGGGAGUGGCAGGGUACCGACUGACUGGAGAGACCAGGUCAUGAGACACAUUGAGGCCAAGAAAAUGGAGAAGAUGACCAUGCUGUCUCGGUCUUUGGCCACACUGUGUGGCAGUCAGAGUUUUAUGGCCUUGAGCACUGUAGAUGGACAGCAGUUUGGAGGCUACAGGCCCAGCGAUGAGAGUUUUGGUCCUUAUGGACAGCAGGGCUACACCAUCGACUCGCACAGAAAAGUGCCUUUGAUGAAUGGUCAGAUGUGUGCUCCUCCUCCACUCCGCUCACAGAUGAACUGUGCUCAGGCCCCGAUGGCUCGUCAUCCCUCCAGAGAGCAGCUCAUCGACUACCUGAUGCUCAAAGUGUCCCAGCAGCCCCCGUGUCCCCCACGUCACCCCCAUGACACCCUGCCGCAUGAGAUGCAUGUGAAGAUUGAGAAGAACCCUGAGCUGGGCUUCAGUAUAUCAGGAGGAGUGGGAGGACGAGGGAACCCGUUCCGCCCUGAUGAUAACGGGAUAUUUGUGACAAGAGUUCAGCCUGACGGACCUGCUUCUAAACUCCUCCAACCAGGAGACAAGAUCAUCCAGGUGAAUGGAUACAACUUUGUUAACAUCGAUCACGGGAACGCCGUGUCCCUCCUGAAGAACUUCCCCAGCACAGUGGACCUGGUCAUCAUCAGAGACAUGGCAGCGUAGAAACUCCACAGAACCCAGGAUGUCUGAAUGUUCGUUUUUAUUUUUGUACACGGAGGAGGAGGAGGAGUCAUGUACAGCUGAACUGUUUUUAAUGGAAGGAUGUGAGCAUUGUAAUGAAACGAGGCAAAACCACUGCGGGGUGUGGGCGGAGUCUCUGCAACAGCCUUCACUGUGGGAGAAACAAUACGCACAACUAAACUGUGCUUUUUGUACAAUUUUUUUUAAUAAUUCACCGUAGAGUACAGUACAGAGAUGUCCAGCAGGGGGCAGGGCUCUCUGUCUGCUGACAUCAGCAUGCCUGUAUUUUUAGUUUUAUUUUUAAAUCGCAUUUCAAUUUCUUCGUAUUUUUUCUUAUUUAAGACAGUUCUCGGACCUGUGGAGCUGUUGAUGUGGAGGUCAGUGUGCUUUACAGAAAAUCUGACCGCAUCCACAUGUCUUCAACCAGAGUGUUCCGUCACGUCUCUAAGUCUGUCCCUUAACUCCUUUAGAACCCAGCUGUUCUGUAAAGAACCUGUGUGUGAGAUGUGGUGAAGAGGAACCGAGGAGAAGUUAUAGAGGACAGAAGUGUGCGAAUAUGCACAUGGACAUGACACAGUGCAUGCUGGGAAAAUCUGAUGUCAGAUAUUUUAUGGACCUCACACCUAAAGGGCUUCCUGUGGAGAUGAGUGAUUUUCCUCGUCUCACAUCAGACCACACCCACCACACUGACCACACCCACCACACUGACAUUUUUACUUCACUCUGAGCUCGACUCACUGAUCUGAGCUCGCUCUCUCACACACACACACAUCUUUAUGUUUAAACAGUUUCAGUGUUGAAUCACUUGUUUGCAUUUGGGUCUUGGAACACAGACAGACGAAUGAGAAGGACGUGUGAAGUGCCAAUUAACCCUGACGGGUCGGAGUUAGGGUGAAAGGUCGUGACCUUUUCGAUUCUGAGCAAUACUCACUGAUCCACACAGAUGAGAGAGCAAUAGCAAGACUUCACUUUCAGAAAGCUGAUUUGUCAGAACAAUUUAAACAAAAAAAAAAAACACGUGCAAGUGGAACUCUUUUAGUACUGCAUUUUUUUGUGAUAGCAUUUUAUAUUGUAAAUCUUUUAGACGACAUAGGAAACAGCAUUUUUGAAUAUUUUGCAAAGCUGUUCUUAAUGCUGUGUUUGGUUUAAUCCUGAAACGAAUCCUGAUCUCAGCUUAUACAAGACAAAAAGAGAAAGCCUGAGUGAGUCCAUCGCCGUUUCAGUGAGUACAGCACCGAGCUGCUGAUUAACCUCUCAAACUCCAGCAGUCAAGCUGAAAGUCUUAGAGACAUUUUGUUUUUUCGUGCACAGCUCUGUAUGUACACAAAAAGUGAAUGUUGUACUGUGUGAAAUUCCUGCAUGAAAUCACUCCCUUGCUGAUUUUUAUUCUGGAUGUAAAUCAUCGUGGUUCUGAAGCUCUACAUGAAUGAAUUUAAGGCCAAAUUUACUUCAUCAGUGUGUGCAUUAAAAUACAGACUUAAACACUGAUGCUUGUCGUAUCUGUAGUGAAGCCAAUUUAAUGCAUUUGGUUUUCUGAUUUUAAUUUAGACUGGCAGGACAGCACGUCAUUGACGACCCGACGCAGUAAUUCGGUAAACAGAGUCCAUAGCAGCGUUGCUGUUCUCCUCCUCCUCCGUCUGCUGGAGGAGUGAAUAAUUAUGUCCUGUUGUACUUUAUAAGCGCUGUGGUUUUUCCUCAUGAACGACUUCAAUAAAGGCCCCGCAAUCAUCAUGUUUUAUCGCCACCAGUGAAAUCUUCAAAAAUAAUCAUGACCAUCUGGAAAUCAAAUUAAAAUCUGAUUAUUUUUGUUGCAUAAAAAUAACAACUGGUCUUUAUGGACUGUCCCGUGUUCAUCUAUUUAUUUAGCGCUUUAGACUUUUUCUUUUAACGUUUAUUGAUGACUAAUGAAACUGUAAAUAUUUCUGAGUUUACUCACGGCAUUACUGACCUUUUAGUUUAUAAAGACCAGCAAUAAAUCCCAUCACAGCAGCGGUUUUUAAAUGGAUAGCGAAUUUAAAGGUUUCUCUGGAAGCAGCUACGUGAAGCUGAUCGCUAUGCAUUUAUUCUACAUUCCAGAUUUUGUACAUAAUUUUAGGUUUCAUGUUAUCCUGUGGAAACAAAAAAUAAAUAAACAAAUGGUCUUUUAGAAA